CGCGUGUUUCUUAUGUUGCCAGUUACUACAGUCGGUGCCUCGUCGGGCAGUCGCGCUUGACGACGCCGGAAUACCUGUUGCCACGAGGAGCGAUUAUAAUGCCAUGCAAGAGAGGAAUCGUUGCAAAUACACGAGGCUGGCCGAAGGUGGUGAACUGGCCUUCUUGAGACCGCGGUGGAACAAGGCGGACUUCGCGGAUUGAGUUGGAUUUAGCAAAGAAACUCCUCAAAGUGUUGACUGCUUCGUGGUACAACGUGUGUCAUUCAUAUAUUUAUGGCUUUUAUUCUUGAUAUUAUCACCUGUUAAACAAAUCACUCGCUUGAGUUAGUGGGGUGAUUACUAAGCCUGAUAAUCAUAGUUAUUAUCAGCGCCCGCAGUGUACGAGGGCAAAACAGUGUAUUCGUGUGCAUGUUAUUAUCGAUAAUCAGCUGUUGUGUUUCUCUAUAGAAAACAGAAAAAGAAGAAGAAAAAAGAAGAAAAAAAGGCGUCUGUAUCAGUGGUCAAAUAACAUGAAUUCUUGGAGACUAUAUAAAUGGCAGAGCAACGUGGACUGAAUACAAGAUGUUAUUUUGCGGAAGAUGACGUCAUCACUGAUCCACUAACGUCACACCUUAUGACGUCACACCUUAUGACGUCACACCCUCAGACGUCACAACCUAUGGCGUCACGACCCCUGCCGUCGCUCACACCAGUCACCUAACCUUCACACACCAGCCGUUGCCUUUGACUAUAGAAUGGGGGCAAAGCUGGCAUGUGGCGGGGGCAGCAAGGCGAGCCCGGACACGGACACGACGAUGGGCGUGUCGGGCGGGGGUCAACAGCAGAAGGAACACGCCCACACGGACGCCCCUGAAACCACCACCGUCAAACACAACAGUCAGGAAAAUUCAUUACGGGAUGAAGGAGGAGGAGCAGGAGGAGUAGGAGGAAAUGGAGGAGGAGCAGGUGGAGAAGGAGGAGGAGGAGGUGGAGAAGGAGGAGGUGGAGAAGGAGGAGGAGGAGGAGAAGGAGGAGGAGGAGGAGGAGGAGGAGGCUCAGGUCGUCAUCGUGAUCCCGGCAAGUUGCUUGAACUAUGUGCUUCCCUCGCUGACCAAGACGGAGUGGGAAUACAAAUCAAGCUGAACCGCUAUCUGGCGGAGGCCUGCGAUGCCGAAUUGGCGUUCCUGAUCCUGGUUUCGGACGACGAGGAGGAACUCACCGUGCACGUGCUGGGCGACACGCUCCUGCCCAGCCCCAUCAAGAUACCCGUGAACAACAACAGCUUCAGCACGGCGCUCACCUCCCGCCGCCCGAUCACGCUUGACGACAUCGAGCCCUCCCACCGCGAGGAUGUGUGGCGCCUCCUGGGCCUCCUGCCGGGGGGGGACAGGGGGGUGAAGAAGGUCGAUCCUCUGCAGCACAAAGGAUCCACAAGGACCAACAAUGGCCAGGCCUCGACGGGCUUGGGGGCCGUCAAAUCCAUCGAGAGUGGGGGGGCGUCGACGAGGGCGAGGGGCGGACUCAUGAGGGACAUGUCGGUGGACCUCACGAGGGACUCCUCGCCUGUCUCCUCCCUCACCUCGUCGCCGCUGAAGCAGGAUGCACUAAAGGAAGCACAAGGAAAAGAAGAAGGAGGAGGAGGAGCGGUGGGCUCCACGGGGGCCUCCGCCAGUCUUACGCCCCUCGAGGGCUCCGCCGUCAGCAACCACAAACACGGUGUCCGAAGGCACCAUCAGCUGGUGAGCUACACCUCCCUGCCCUUCGACGGCGCGGGAGGAGGGAGGCUUGGGGGAGGGCUAGCGAGCCUGUCCCUGGACCCCACCUUCUCCCCGGCGUCCCUCCUGUGCGUGCCCGUGGCGUGCCCGGGCAAGGAGACCCUGGCGGUGCUGGCCUGCCUCGUCGACAAGACCUCGGAGAUGGAGUUCGACCAGGAGGACGUCCUGACCGUGCAGGAGUGCUUCAAAUACACCAUCGGGAUGCUGGUGAAUACAUUAACAGCUGAACGUGAACAUCGUCUUCGCACACAGUGUCAGGCUCUGCUCAAUGUCGCCCAGAACCUCUUCACGCACUUAGAUGACGUCACGGUCUUGCUGAGAGAGGUGAUGGCGGAGGCGAGGAAGCUGACGGACGCGGAGCGAUGCUCGCUCUUCCUCGUGGACAAGGACAACGAUCAGCUGGUGGCCAAGGUCUUCGACGGAGAGAGGAAGGAGGAGUCCGGAGGCGAGGUCAGACUGCCGCUGUCCCAGGGCAUCGCAGGUCACGUGGCCACGACUGGUCGCCUGCUCAACAUCAAGGAUGCCUACGCCCACCCGCUCUUCUACAAAGGCUUUGACGAGUGCACGGGAUUCAAGACCAGGAAUAUCCUCUGCUUCCCGAUCAAGGAGGAUGGCGAGGUCCUGGGCGUGGCUGAACUGUGCAACAAGACGUCGGGCCUCCACUUCACCCGCUUCGACGAGGAGCUGGCCACCGCCUUCAGCAUCUACUGCGGCAUCUCCAUCAGCAACUCCCUGCUGUACAAGAAGGUCUUCGACACUCAGGUCCGCUCGAAGCUCUCCAAUGAGCUCAUGAUGUUCCACAUGAAGGAUUAUGCCUCAUCUACAUCUGUGUUUAUCUUCCUUAAAAAGGAUCGACCUGACUCACGUAGUCCUGAAUCCACUAUAUGCAAGGAUGUUCAGCAGUAUGCCCAUGCCAUGCCUAGGUUCAUAUGGCAGAGGAUGCUUUCGUCUCUCGGAAGUAAUAAGACUUUGCGGUAG